AUGCUGCGCCCGAAGAUGAGGAGUGGGAAGGCCUCUUGUGCGCUGGAGACCGUCUGGGAGGACAAGCACAAGCAUGAGGGAGCGGAGCGGUGCUUCCAUGAGCAUGAGGCCACACAAAUCGCCGCCGCCUCUGUCCAGCAGCUCCUGGACGAAGUGCCAGCUGUGAACGGGCCCAGCCAGGAGGACACAGAGGACACCGAUGAGGCAGAGACCCCCAACACCAGCAGCAGGAGUGAUCCUAGGAAGAGCCACGACGACGAGAAGCCGUUACAGAAAAAGAGGAAGCGCUCCCCAAAGGGUUGGCUCGGCCAGGCGGACCUGGCCCUCGUGGGCCUCUCGGCUGACCAUGUAUGGUUGGACAAGCCGCUCUUCGACCAGGCCGAAAGCUUCUACCGCCAGAGGCUGGCAGAUGUAGCCGCCCAGGCAGCCCAGCCACCUGCUCUGGCCCCUCGGGGGCCUUGUACACAUGGAAGCCAUGUGGCAUGCCACCAUGUGACCUGGGGGAUCUGGGUCAACAAGUCCUGCUUUGAUCAAGCUGAGCGGGCUUUUGUGGAGUGGUCUCAGGCCUUGCUGCUGGCUGCAGAGGGGAGCCAUAGGCAGGGGACUCCUGACACGGGCCAGCAGGCUGUUACUCCUGACCUGACCUUGGCCUGCCAACCUUGCCCACCAGCCAAUGGCCAGCCGCCUCUGGGUAGCCUGCAGGCACUGGUGCGGGAGGUGUGGCUGGAAAAGCCCCGGUAUGAUGCAGCUGAGAGGGGCUUCUAUGAGGCCCUCUUUGAUGGUCAUCCCCCAGGGAAAGUGCGCCUGCAGGAGCGAGCCAGUCAGGCAGAGGGUACCCGGAGGGGCCGCAGAGACCGACGGAGCCGCAAUACUGUAGGAAACAAGCGAGCUGGGUCAAAACGGGCUGAUGGGGAGGCUCCUUCUGCCUUGCCCUACUGGUACUUCCUACACAAGGACGCAGAGGCCCCCUGGCUCAGCAAGCCUACCUACGACAGCGCUGAGUGCCGCCACCAUGCCGCUGAGGCCCUGCGCAUAGCCUGGCGCCUAGAAGCUGCCUCCCUGGCUCACCGACCCACGCCCCGAUCUGGCCCAUCCAUGUCCAGCCUGAGACCCAACAGAAAAAUGGCUACAAACUUCCUAGUGCACGAGAAGAUCUGGUUUGACAAGUUUAAAUAUGACGAUGCAGAAAGGAGGUUCUACGAGCAGAUGAACGGGCCUGUGGCCUCUGGCUCCCGCCAGGAGAAUGGUGCCAGCGUGAUCCUCCGAGACAUUGCAAGAGCCAGAGAGAACAUCCAGAAAUCCUUGGCUGGAAGCUCAGGCCCUGGAGCCUCCAGUGGACCUGGUGGAGACCACAGUGAGCUCAUUGUGCGGAUUGCCAGUCUGGAAGUGGAGAACCAGAACCUUCGAGGCGUUGUCCAAGAUUUGCAGCAGGCCAUUUCCAAGUUGGAGGCCCGGCUGAGCACUCUGGAGAAGAGUUCACCUACUCACCGAGCCACAGCCCCACAGACCCAACAUGUCUCUCCUAUGCGUCAAGUGGAGCCCCCAACCAAGAAAGGAGCCACACCAGCAGAGGACGAUGAGGACAAUGACAUUGACUUGUUCGGCAGUGACGAGGAAGAAGAAGAUAAGGAGGCUGCCCGACUACGGGAGGAGAGGCUACGCCAGUACGCAGAGAAGAAGGCCAAGAAGCCUACGCUGGUGGCCAAAUCCUCCAUCCUCUUGGAUGUUAAACCUUGGGAUGAUGAGACUGACAUGGCCCAGCUAGAGACUUGUGUGCGUUCCAUCCAAUUGGAUGGGCUGGUUUGGGGGGCCUCCAAGCUCGUGCCCGUUGGCUAUGGUAUCCGGAAGCUGCAGAUCCAGUGUGUGGUGGAGGAUGACAAAGUGGGCACCGACCUGCUUGAGGAGGAGAUCACCAAGUUUGAGGAGCAUGUGCAGAGUGUCGACAUCGCAGCUUUCAACAAGAUCUGAAAGUGGAGAGUGUGGUUUGAUGUGUGUGAGGACCUGCUGAGAUUAAAGACUGAGACUCCGCA